AUGUCUUCCAUCCUCCCAAUUCUGACCCCGGCUCAACUGCGUUUCUUCCUCAUCUGCAAUCGUUUUAUUCAAUAUUGCAGCGCGGUAGUGGUUGUCGGAAUCAAUUCGUACUUUAUCAACACUGGAAAACGUGGGCUGUUUACUACCUACGUUGAAAUAAUUUCUGUUAUAUCUCUUGCAGCUUUCCUGCCUGCCCUCGUGACAAUUUUCAUGACCACCCCGGUGAAAGAAUAUAUUCUGUUCAUCGACGUGAUAUUUUCCUAUCUAUGGCUCACGGCUUUCAUAUUUUCCGCGCUUGAUUACAACAAGCAUAAUUGUCACUUUAGUACGCCUUCGGGAGUUGCAUGCUCGAAGAAAUGGGCGAUUGAAGCUUUUAUUUGGUUGACAUUUUUCUUUGAAGUAUAUUUACUUUUUUCUCGGUCUUUGAAGAAGCACUUUCACUCUGGCUUCAUCGACGGAGUCACCAAGUCGCUCAACCGUUACGAGAAAAGCAUCAACCAUCAUCUUCUGAGCACAAUGGCAAUGUGCCAACCACGCAACGCACCA